CUAAUAUAGACUAUAUACGUCACCAAGUCUUACCCCUGUCGCCGGAAGUAACUAAAGUAGUUGUCAAGUUUAGCGCGAUGAAAACUGAAACAAUUCAUAUCUUAGUAAACAAUGGACUUGGAGGAUGUAAACACAUUUUUGAACAAUGAUCGACAGAAACCGAAAGGCAAAAAAUGGAGAAAAGAGCGAAUGAGCGGAAAGAUCCUUGGGAAUUAUGUUAUAAAUGGACGAAUCGGACACGGAGGUACAGCAUGUGUGUACCAAGCGGAAUGUCAUGGAAAAAUAAAUGCUUGUAAAGUAACAGACGGGAAGUACAGCGAUGGUCUUCUCAAGGAGUAUGAAAUAUUGCGAUCACUUGAACAUCAAAAUAUUUUGAAAGUUUUUGACUGUAUAGCCUGCAACAGAGUGGUUGUCAUGGCAAUUGAACGUUUACCAGCAAGCGAUCUGCAUGAUUUUAUAAUUCGAAAAUGGCCAGUUCCGUCCGAAGUUAGGCGCAAGUAUACGAAGCAAAUUGUUUCUGCUGUUGAACAUAUGCAUUACAAGGACAUCGCUCAUUGUGAUCUUAAACUUGAAAACAUGUUGAUCGAUACGACAGGGGAUAUCAAGAUAAUAGACUUUGGUUCAGCUCUUAGAGUUUCUGAAGCAACAUAUGACGAUUUUGCGUAUAUUGCAACAACACCAGAAUAUUUACCGCCGGAGAUUUUUUGCGCAUCUGCAGACGACACUUACGACAUCCGGGCAAUAGACGAAUGGAGUGUGGGCAUAGUUCUGUUUAUCAUGCUAACCGGACGUUUCCCAUUUGGCGAAGUGGACCAGACAAAAAUUGCCAAGUACAUAAAGAAAAUGCGGUCUGUUAGAUCGUUUGAGUUACGAAAAAGUGAGGAACGGUUCUUGUACUUUGAACAUGACUAUUUAGAAAUUGUACGUGGACUUCUUGCAUUUAAACCGGAAAAUCGACUACCGGUAUCAAAAGCUCUUUCAAUGGCAUAUUUUACAAAAGGAAUGGAUAUUGAAGAUAUUGAGAAGGAAAUCGAUGAUGACUUUAGUGCAAUUUUUGACGAUAUAUAACCAGAUAGGUCUGAUCAAACAUGGGAAUGUUAUAGACGCCACAAACACAAAGGGAUAAACAUUCACAAAUACUGAUAUACCGAAAAAUGCAUCUGUAAAGAAUAGAAAUGUAUUUGACCUUGUACAUAAAGAAAAAAAUGUUCGGUAUACUUAAAGAUACUUGAAAAGGUCUCCAAUGUAUGUUCAUUAUUUAUUUUCUAUGUGGGUAAACAAGUUUUAAAGAUGUAAACUGUACAUUCGAUAUCGAAUCUACUCAGUGGUCCGUUUUUCAUAUUAUGUGAAGUAAAUUAUGUUUACAUCUACAGCUAUAGUAAUGUUAUAGUACAUGCACUUGAAUCUUUGAAUGUUUUUUUCACAGCAUAGUAAGUGUGAACUUUAAAUAGGAUGCAGCUAAAUUUAGUGUAUAACAGAUCAAGGAAAUCUGAUUGUGUAAGAUAAUUAAUUAAUGAUUAAAUAAAAUUCAUUACAUUUUCUGAGUAGGGGAAAUUCGCGUACGUUGGCCACUAAUACACUUUGUAGGUUAAAUAAUAAAUGAAUAAGAAUUCCACAUUUAAAAGAAAUAGUUAUUGGAAAUAUAGAAAAUUACUUCAUAGUGUCUAAGUCAACAUGCAAUAAACAUAUAUGUGUGUAAAAGCGGAACUUUGAUUCAGGUUUAAAAUAGCAAACACCUUAUAUAUGUAUAGCUAAGCAGAUGUGUAAUUUCAUUAAAACUGAAUUUUUUUAACAGAUGACAAUUAUACAUGACAUUUAAUUGUAAAUGCACAUUGUAGAUUUACAAGUACAGUUAGUUUAUGAAUUUAGUCACGAUAAAAUUAUUUGAUAAGGAUUUCCUAUCCUGCAAUCUUUGAUGUCGAUAUGUAAUUAGUCUUUUAAAGACUACAGGUUUUGGUGACGGGCAAAUCGCAAAAAUUGUCGGCUUUUAUGGCAGGUAAAUUUACACUGUUAACUUAAUCAUUGUUUAGAAACAAUAUAUCCCAAAAAUUUUUUUGUUGGAUAACCAUUGUUAUGAGUUCAGAUGCGAACGAAUAAUAUUACGAGAUAUUUUAUUUCAAUUUUAUGAGGGUAUCCAAGAUUACUAUACCUACAUCUUUCUCGACAUCACCAAACAUUUGACUGUUUUGAGUAGAAUUCAUUCGUUUUCAUCUGCCGUUAAGAUGUUUGACGCUAUGAUGUAAUAAUUUUUACGUGCAAACUGACUGUUUUCAUAAUAACGUCACAGCCUUCGUUGUUUCAUAGGAAACCAAAUCGGACCAUGUUAGAACCAUGUUAGAAUGAUUCUUAUAGCAUAAAUUUUAGAAUGUUUAGGAUUAUAAAGCAGAAAAAUGCUUUACUACUUACUAGUUCUUAUGCGUCGUCGCUUAAAUUAAAGGUCUAUUUUCAAGAAUGAAGACGCCUCCCCUGAGUGACUUGUCUUGCUGAUUUACUCAAAAUUGCUGCUUUUAAUGAAAAUAAAACUACAUUUUGAUUUUUUUCACUGUUCAAGUACAUAUGAAUUGAGAAACGCUAUGAAAUUAAAACUAAAUUUUUAUUAUUAUUUUUUUUUCUAUUUUUCAAGUACAUAUGAAUUGAGAAACGCUAUGAGAAAAAAUAUUAAUAACUUUCCGACAUAUUACCAGUUUGGUGACCUAAAUGACAUCUAUUUUUUGAGUUACUGCGGUCAAUGAUAUCAUUUUAUAUUUAUUUAAAUUUAAUUCUAAGGUUUAAAGUUGAUUUCACAUACUGUCAGUUUAAUUUGUAUUUACAUUCAAGAACAUGAGAAAAAUACAUCUAUAAAGAAACUAUUACAUAAAGUCACGCAAAUAACGAGGGCAUCAAGUUAUCAUUAUGUUAAACUUUUUUAUCAUUCAACAAAUAUGGAAAUAAAACAGAGAUUAUCCAAACACAA